CAGUGAGUUGGAAUUCGUUGACAACUUUGCUUUUCCCCACGAAAUGAUUGUCAUUCCUUGGUCCCCAAGGCUGCUUUCUGAUUAAUCAGCCUCUUCAUGGCCAGCUGUCCACCUCCCAGCUAACCUGCUACAAGUUGUAGUGUCCCAUGCUUCCGUUGCGGGAUCCACAAAGCUAGUCCGUCGCUUUGGGAAAGCAAGCGCUUUCCCAUCAACUCCGCGACCCGGGCAGCACACCUCUGGAAGGUGUUUUGUUACGCUGGAUAUUAAGUUGCAGAAGCGACCAGAUAUGUUGUGUUCCUGGAUCCUAUGUCUGCACGUCAUAAGCAUAAUGGUCAACAGCACAGACGCGAAAGUCUGCGAACCAAAGGAUACUGUACACGUUGGUAAAAAUUUAUUAAUAAAUAUUACUACUACUACGUACAAUUGCUAUGGCCCAAUUGGCCACACACUGCCGUGGUCCUUCAGUGACUCAACUGUGUCAGUGUAUUUAUCUUAUAUGGGUUUGGAUAGUACUACUUUUCCCAUUACUGGGCUUUCACGUCUUGGUUCUUUGCACACUGUAUACCUCUACAAGAACAACAUUACAGUGUUACGCGGUAUGUCGUUCAGUGGCAAUGUGACUGAUCUAAACCUUGGCAACAACAACAUCACAACCCUCCCAAGCCAACUUAUUACUGGUGGUACCUGCCACCUCGAGGCAUUGGACUUGAAGAACAACUUCAUCAGCGUAUUACCACCAAAGUUGAUAGAAAACUGUACAGACAUCCAAAAAUUGAAUUUCGCAAAUAAUCUAAUCACUUCCUGCCCAGCCGACUUUUUACGGACAUUGAACAGUCUAACACAACUGGUUUUGGGAGGAAACCAGUUCACUGCAAUCAACCCCAGGACGUUGCUCAUGCCGGAAGUGAAGCUUAGUCAAAUUGCAAUCCAAGUUACACUAGAGGAUAACAAUAUACGCUAUAUUGCUACUGGAUUCGUCAACCCGACAUUCUCCGUGCAUUUGACUCUCAAUAGAAAUCCAUCGGUUUUUUUCCAGGAUGGCGUGCUUGACAAAAUGGCGAUCUCUUCGAACCCUAAGUUCAUACCACCCAACCAACCGUAUAAGAUAUCUACAGGUACAAUAUGUCCAACAAGCUCCUCCAGUUAUGUGGAAAAUGCCCUGAUGUGCAGAGCCCCAGACAACAAAUACAAGUUCACCUGUAAUGCGACGGAUCAUGUCCUUAGCCAAUGUGAUCUGUUUCCGUCAAGCAGCACACCGCCGGCCGGUGUGACAAUCCCCUACGCAUCCUGCCCGGGAUAUACAGUUGUCAAGGACAACCCAUGCCUAGGCUAUCCAGAAACAGGCAGUAUACUUGAUGAAUCUAUUCGGUCAUGUAACCCUUCAUAUACCUCCCUCAUCUGUCUUUGUGAAGGUUUUGAUCCUGCCAUUCUGUGUAAAGCUCUUCUAUGUCCAAAUCCCGGUAUCCCAGUGAAUGGUAAGAGAGUCGUGUCUGGGCUAGUCAUCCAAAGCUUUGCUCGCUACUCAUGCAACACUGGUUUCCAGUUGAAUGGCAGCGCUACCAUCUUUUGUAUUUGGCUGAACGGGACAAAGUGGUCCAGUCCGACACCUACUUGCGUUCCAAUCAUCUGCCCUCACCCAGGCAAUAUAGUGAAUGGUGUACGCAUCGUUACGGUGGCCAAUUACCAUACUCAGACUAUUGGAUACCUCUCUGUGGUCACGUCUAGCUGCUAUCUUGGCUUCCAGCUAUCUGGAAACGCUUACCUAACCUGUAUUGAAGGUGGCUGGAAUGGAACACAGGCGACUUGCACUUCAAUCAUCUGCUCCGACCCAGGCAAUCCAGCAAAUGGUGUACGCAUCAUUACGCGAAAUCAUCCCCUUGGUAGGGAUGUUAUUGGAUACCGCUCUGCGUUGAAUUCUAGCUGCAACCCUGGCUACCAGCUAUCUGGAAACGCUUACAGAACCUGUAAUUACAGUGGCUGGAAUGGAGAGCAGGCGAAUUGCACGGCUCUUCCAUGUUCAGAUCCCGGCAUCCCAGUGAAUGGCGGGAGAGUAAUUACUGGUCUAGCCUUUCAAGACAAUGUCAGCUAUUCAUGCAACAAUGGUUUCCAGUUGAACGGCACAGCUAACAUCUCUUGUAUUUGGGUGAACGGGACAAAGUGGACAAAUUCGACACCCAUUUGCGAUCGUCGCUCAUGUAUCGAUCCCGGUACUCCAUCUAAUAGUUAUAGAUCUUUUUAUGGCCAAGUCUUCGAAGACAAGGUGACAUAUACCUGCUAUGAUGGCUUCAAGCUGAACGGAUCCGCCACCAGCACUUGUAUUUGGGACAACGGGAUGAAAUGGUCAUCUCGUCCCUCAUGUAAUCCUCUUCCAUGUUCAGAUCCCGGCAUCCCAGUGAAUGGCGGGAGAGUAAUUACUGGUCUAGUCUUUCAAGACAUUGUCAGCUAUUCAUGCAACAAUGGUUUCCAGUUGAACGGUACAGCUAACAUCUCUUGUAUUUGGGUGAACGGGACAAAGUGGUCCAAUUCGACACCCACUUGCGAUCGUCGCUCAUGUAUCGAUCCCGGUACUCCAUCUAAUAGUUAUAGAUUUUUUAAUGGCCGAGCCUUCGAAGACAAGGUGACAUAUGCCUGCUAUGAUGGCUUCCAGCUGAACGGAUCCGCCACCAGCACUUGUAUUUGGGACAACGGGGUGAAAUGGUCAGCUCGUCCCUCAUGUAAUCGUCUUUCAUGUCUAGAUCUCGGCACUCCACUUAACGGGCGUAGAGUUGCUUAUACGGGUUUUGCCUUUCAAGACACUAUCAGCUUUUCAUGCAACGAUGGCUUCCAGUUGAACGGCUCAACAUACAGCAAAUGUAUUUGGGCCAGUGGAAUUAAGUGGGAUCAUCCACUACCCACUUGCAAUCGUCUUUCAUGUCUUGAUCCCGGCAUUCCACUUAAUGGUGGUCGAGUAAUUUCUGGUCUAGCCUUCCAAGACAAUGUCAGCUAUUCAUGCAACGAUGGUUUCCAGUUGAACGGUGCAGCUAACAGCUCUUGUAUUUGGUCUAGCGGAAUGAAGUGGUCGAAUCCAGUUCCCUCUUGUGACCGUCGUUCAUGUCUAGAUCCCGGUACUCUACUUAACGGUGGUAGAGUUCUUGAUGGUCUAGCCUUUCAAGACAAUGUCAGCUAUUCAUGCAACAAUGGUUUCCAGUUGAACGGUACAGCUAACAGCUCUUGUAUUUGGGAUAAUGGAAUGAACUGGUCCAAUCCACUUCCCACUUGUGAUCGUCUUUCAUGUCUAGAUCCUGGUACUCCACCUAACGGUGGUCGAGUUCUUUCUGGUCUAGCCUUUCAAGACAAGGUCAGUUACUCAUGCAACAAUGGUUUCCAGUUGAACGGUGCAGCUAACGGCUCUUGCAUUUGGUCUAGCGGAAUGAAGUGGUCCAAUCCGACACCCACUUGCGAUCGUCUCUCAUGUCUAGAUCCCGGAACUCCACUGUAUGGUGGUAGAGAUCUUGGUGGUCUAGCUUUUCAAGACAAUGUCAGCUAUUCAUGCAACGAUGGUUUCCAGUUGAACGGUACAGCUAACGGCUCUUGUAUUUGGGCUAAUGGGAUGAAGUGGUCCAAUCUGCUUCCGAAGUGUGACCGUCUUACAUGCCAAGACCCCGGAACACCACUGAAUGGCGGUAGGUUGCUGUCGGGUCUAGCCUUUCAGGGCAAAAUCAGCUAUUCGUGCGACAAUGGCUUUGAGCUGAAUGGCACAGCGAACCUAACUUGUAGAUGGUCUAAUGGACUGAAUUGGUCUGAUCCACUUCCAGCUUGUUAUCGUCUUUCAUGCCAAGAUCCCGGAACACCACUGAAUGGCGGUAGGGUGAUGUCGGGUGCUCUAGCCUUUCAGGACAAAGUCAGCUAUUCGUGCGACAAUGGCUUUGAGCUUAAUGGCACAGCGAACAUAACUUGUAGAUGGUCAAACGGACUGAAUUGGUCUGAUCCACUUCCAGCUUGUUAUCGUCGCUCUUGUCAAGAUCCGGGCACCCCGUUGAAUGGCGAUAGAGUUCUGUCAGGUAUUGCGUUUGAGGACAUUGUCAGCUAUUCUUGCAACGGUGGCUUCAGGCUGAACGGUUCGGAGAACAGCACUUGUACGUGGGCGAACGGCAUGAACUGGACUAAUCCACUGCCCGAGUGCCAUCGUCUUUCAUGUCUAGAUCCCGGUACUCCACUUAACGGUGGUAGAGUUCUUGAUGGUCUAGCCUUUCAAGACAAGGUCAGCUAUUCAUGCAACACUGGCUUCCAGUUGAACGGCACAGCUAACAGCUCUUGUAUUUGGGAUAACGGGACGGAGUGGUCCGACCCGAUACCCACUUGCGAUCGACGUACGUGUCAAGAUCCUGGUACUCCACUAAACGGCGGCAGGGUUCUGCUGGGUCUGGCUUUCCAGAAUACUGUUCGCUAUGCGUGCAACGAGGGCUUCAAGUUGAACGGCUCCAAUGACAGCAUCUGCACUGUUCAGGCGGACGCGAUGAACUGGUCCACUCCCAUUGCAACCUGCGAACCUGUGACCUGCUCCAAGGUUGAAGCUCCGACAAACGGAGCCAAAUCUACUGACAGCGUUGCCUACAACCAGACGGUCAGGUUCUCCUGCCGCGCGGGCUAUUUUGUGAACGGCUUGAACGCUAGCACGUGCAAAGGGCUGGGACACUGGACGAAUCCAGCGCCAACGUGUUCACCUGUCGAGUGUGGUGAUCCGGGCCGGCCAGCGGACGGUGCGAGUUUCUCUAACGGAACGGUGUUUAGCAGCGUGGCCCAGUUCUACUGCAACCUCGACUAUGUUCUAGUCGGUGAGCAGACGCAACAGUGCUUGGCCAAUGGCAGCUGGUCUGCCAAAGCCGUAGCGUGCAAACCAAGAGCAUGUCAAACUAAUCCAUGCCUCAACCAGGGUGCCUGCGUCGUUCAUCCAAGCGGCUACAAUUUUUCGUGCCGGUGCGUCGAAUCGUGGGCUGGUCCAUUAUGCAAUAAGUCCCAGUCAGGAGAAACAGGAGAAGGUGGCGGGAAUCCGUCUAUUACCAGCAGCGAUUUCAGCCUGGCCACGCACAUUGGAGCCGGGAUGGCCGGAUUGGCGUUUGGAUUCUUGGCCUGUGCUGCUGCCCUGGCGGUGUACAAACGGGCGCAGGGGACCCAGGUGGCACAGAUUGGUCAGCACGACCUGUCAGGCCAAAACCUACCCGAUGAGUUCAUUGACAAGGAACGCAACGCCUUGUCUCCAUUGCCCUCAAGCAAACAGAGCGCGGCAGACUCAAGACGAGUGAGCCAGAGCAGUUUGGCCAGCACAUCCAGCUUGUUUGAAAAGCCGUCGCCAUCGUCGGCAGCUAGGGGAAGCCGCUCCGGCAGCCGCGGCUUGGCCAAGUAUCGCAACCCACGCGCCUUUGCCCACUGGCUGAGAGGUGGUAACCGUGGUGACAGGAACGUAAAGGUCGUCGUCAGCCAACAUGGUGUCUCCUUGGUCCGCAGCCGCCCUGCCGCUGUGUCCACUGACGAAGUCUAUAUGGAGGCGACAAAGCACGACGUGCUGUACGACCAGGAGAUCUAUGAAGAGCAGGAUUUCGGAGCCAACUUUGCUAAGGGGGAAUCGCACAGAAGAGAAGUGCAAGGUAAGCCCGUCGACGGUGUCGCGCCCCCAAUGCCCAAAGAAUCCGCUCGCCCUGUGACCAUCUCAACACGUGCCGGUGACUCCAUAUACGCUGACAACGAAGGAGAAUGCAUCUACGAGCGAACCACAGGGGCAGGUGAUUCCCUCUACGAGGGAGCCAGGCCCGUUAAUAAUUCCCUGCAUGAGAGGACGACGACUGUUGAUUCCAUGUACGAGGACGAGGACAUAACCAACAGCGUCUUAGCCCGAAUUGCGUCAGAGAAUAGUGCAAAACACUCGGCUGGCAGUCCGGCAACAGUGCGGAACGUGGCUCCACUACUGUACGCUGGUACGAACAGCGACAGUGAUCUCUAUGGCAACGACCCCCAUGGUGACGAUCUCUAUGGUAACAAUACGGACUACGACACAGCGGCAUUAGGACGUGGCUCGGCGCACACUAUCCAGUUGCUCCGGAGCGGUGGGACUUGUGAUGUAACGUCAGCACUGGAAGAAACUUUAACGACAGCAACAAGAAACGUGUCUGCAAUGACAGAGAUGGCAGACGAGGACUCGAUCUAUGGAAACAGAGAUGACGACGCAAUGAGCCAGUCAUCUGGCUGCUAUGGUAACAGACCUGAUGACAUCGUGUACUGCGCGUCGGAAUUCGUGGACAACAUGCACGGUACGCCGGGUGGGUCUUCUCGCCAUUACGAGAACAAGGCGACUGAGAGACACAGCCAGGCAAGCAUCCAUUAUGCCAACAGACCUGAUGACGUCGUGUACUGCGCGACAGAAGGCGUUGACAACAGGCAAAGUACGCCGGGUGGAUCUCGCCAUUACGAGAACCGGGCGACUGAGAGACACAGCCAGGCAAGCAUACAUUACGCCAACCGACCUGAUGACAUUGUGUACUGUGCGUCGGAAAGCGUUGGCAGUGGGCGGAACGAUGCGCUGGGUGGGUCAUCUGACCAUUACGUGAACCGGGCGGCUGAGCAGUACAGCCAGUCAACCAUCCGUUACGCCAACGCUAACAACUUGCAGAGCAAGAAAGCCGACGAUGAAGAUGUGUAUGGCAACAACGAAGAUGAGGACGACAACUAUGAUGAUGACCUGCGUGGCACAAGCAGGCAGGCCAGUUGCCAUGACAAAGUAUACGAAGCGCUUUAGGAAGCAACGGCGACGGCGUGCCUAUGGCAACGCUGACCAACUGUAUCGGCCAGCAGCAGCAUUGUUAGUGACUCUCGUCAAAUUCCCAGACUCCUUGCACCAAAACUAUUACAGUAGUGGGUUGCUGUCGUAGUAGUAGUAGGCAAACUCCACAGUAGUCGUAUUAGUUCUAACAUUAUUAAUAUGAAUAUCAUGAAUAGAUACUCAAAGAACUUCAUCAUGAAUAGGUAGUAGUGGUGGUAGUAGUAGUAGUAGUAGACAUAGUCAUCGUUGUUGGUGUGCUUAGGAGUCGAGAAGUGUCCCGUCUGUGCACUACCCACUACCGGGUGUCUUAGAGUAGUAACUGUAAAGCAGGGUCACGAGCUUUCGCGGUGCAAGUAGGCACCCCGUUGGUCAUGUGAUAACAGGUCACCCCCAGACAAAGUGAUUCUCCAAGAAAACACAUUCCUGCAUGUUUUCAAUUCAGCAUGCCACAUUCUAUAUAUUUCAAAGAGGAUUCUUUUCUUCAUAGACAUCAUAAAAAUUACACCUAUUAAUUUUCUUCUUCACUAGUUUGAGGGAAAGACACAAUUUUCUUCCAUUUGCUGAUGCAUGCCAUGAGGAAAUGUACCUCCGUUAGUCAGAGAGUUGUUUUUACACACGAUGCUAACGUACUGUGUUCUCGACAUUACGGCAUUACCGUGCGAUGCAUUAUUAUUAUUAUUAUU